UCCGAAACCAGCUCCUUUGAUUCUGCUCUUUUCUAAGGCCAGGUUCACACUAGGAAAUUAGGUCAGUAUAACUCUCUCACUCAGGUAUGUGAAAAAUCCACCCCCCAAGAAAAGCAACACAGUUAAACCAUCUAAUCCCUGGUGUACACAGUGCUAGAUUGACAGGAGAAUUCUCCCGUGGACAUAGCUACUGCCUUGUGGGAGGUGGAGUACCUACCUCGACAGGAGAAGCCUUCCUGUUGGCGUAGGUAGCGUCUUUACUGAAGAUGCAGCUGUGCUGCUGCAGCACUGUAAGUGUGAACCUGCCCUAAGAUUUGGUUCAGAAACUUUUAAAAAUGUCUCCGUGGGUUUAGUCCUGGUGGGAAGGGCUGGAUCUGCGCUGCAGUAAAGUGACCAAGUGUUUUUGCAGCCUGGAAGAAUCUAGAAUCUGGCUUCAGGUAAAGAGCCCCGGGGGAAACUGGGGUGUAAAAUGGACUAAAACAUUUUCUAAUACCUGCCCAAUGGCCCUUCUUGCCUUGUCAGGCUGCAGAAUGACAUCCACAUCUUGCUCCAGAUCCUGCCAUCCUCCCAGGGCACAGGGAAGAGACAUGGCUGCUGCAGUUGUGCUGGCUCAGGGGCUGGUGACCUUCGAGGAGGUGGCUGUGUAUUUUACUGAAGAGCAAUGGGCUCUGCUGGACCCCAGUCAGAGAGCCCUCUACAGGGACGUCAUGCAGCAGAACUAUGAGAAUGUGACCUCGCUGGGAUUUCCAAUUGCCAAACCCAACAUAAUAUCCCAGCUGGAACGAGGGGAAGAGCCGUGGGUGCCAGAUCUCCCCAGCUUUGAGGAAAGGGACAUCCUGAGAUACAUCCACACAGGUGAUGGGAUGGUGGGUGAGAGCGAGGAGGAGAAUCCUCAGCAGGAAGUUCCUGAGCAAGUGGAACAACACGGAAAUCUAUUAGGAAAAACAGAAGAGGACGUUUCCCAGAGUCCUGAGCAGAGAGAAGCCUGUGACAGACAGCAAGGAAAUAACCCAGGGAUGAAAUUGGGUAAAUCCACUUACCAAGUGGGAGGCCUGAAGGACCUUAAGAAAACCACAAUCCAGCCAAGAGUCUUCAGUAAAGAGGAACCAUAUGACUGUGCUGAGUGCGGGAGACGUUUCAACCGGAAAUCCUACCUUGUUAGACAUCAGAGAGUCCACACUGGCGAAAAACCCUAUAACUGCCCCAGCUGUGGGAAGUGCUUCAGUCAGAUAUCGCACCUUAUUGUACAUCAGAGAAUCCAUACAGGAGAGAGACCCUAUAAAUGCCUUGACUGUGAGAAAAGUUUCAAGCACAGUUCAGACCUUGUUUCACACCAGAGAAUUCACACAGGGGAGAGACCAUAUAAAUGCCCAGACUGUGGGAAGAGCUUCAGGCAGAGCUCAGUCCUUAUUUCACAUCACACAAUCCAUACGGAAGAGAAAUCCCAUAACUGUCUUGAGUGUGGGAAAUAUUUUGCUUAUUUCUCAUCCCUGAUUUCACACCGGAGAAUCCACACAGGAGAGAGACCCUAUACAUGCCACGACUGUGGGAAAACCUUCCGUCAGAAAGGUACCCUUAUUAUCCAUCAGAGAAUCCACACUGGAGAGGCACCCUAUAGCUGUCUUAAGUGUGGGAAAAGCUUCAAGCAGAGAUCAGACCUUAGUGUACAUCAGAGAAUCCAUGUGGCAGAGAGACCCUAUAAAUGCCCCGACUGUGGGAAAGGCUUCAGCCAGAGUUCAAACCUCCUUAAACACCAGAGAAUCCACACAGGAGAGAGACCCUAUAACUGCCUGGAGUGUGGGAAGCGUUUUUCCAAUUUCUCUUACCUGAUUUCACAUUGGGGAAUCCACACGGGAGAGAGACCCUAUAAGUGCCCCGACUGUGGGAAAAGCUUCAAACAAAGCUCGGACCUUAUUUCACACAGACGUAUUCACACAGGAGAGAGACCUUAUAAAUGCUCUGUCUGUGGAAAGAGCUUCAGCCAGAGAUCAAACCUCAACGUACAUCAGAAAAUCCACACGGCAGCAAGACCCUAUAACUGCCCCAAGUGCGGGAAAAGCUACAGGCGCAACUCAGAGCUUAUUUCACAUCAGAAAAUCCACAUGGGAGAGAAACCCCAUAACUGCCCUGAGUGCGGAAAAAGCUUCAAGCGGAGGUCAGUACUAAUUUCGCAUCAGAGAAUCCACACGGGAGAGAAACCCUUUAAGUGCUCCGAAUGUGGGAAAAGUUUCUGUCAGAGAUCGCAACUUAUUAGGCAUCAGAGAAUUCACACAGGACAGAGACCUUAUAAAUGCUCGGAGUGCGGAAAGAACUUUACCCAGAGCUCAGCCCUUAUUGUCCAUCAGAGAAUGCACACCGGAAAUAAACCGUAUGAUUGUGCUGAGUGUGGGAAAAGCUUCAGUUGGAGAUCACAUCUUAUUGUACAUCAGAGAAACCACACGGGGGAGAAACCCUAUAACUGCCCCGAGUGUGGGAAAAGCUUCAGUCGGAGCUCUACCCUGAUUAUACAUCAGAGAGUCCACACGGGAGAAAAACCCUACGAGUGUCAUGACUGUGGGAAGAGCUUCAAGCGCAGCUCAGAACUUCUGUCACAUCGACGAACCCACACGGGAGAGAAACCCCAUAACUGCCCCGACUGUGGGAAAACCUUCAGUGAUGGCUCAAACCUCAUUAAGCAUCAGAGAAUCCACACGGGACAGAAACUCUAUAACUGCCCAGAGUGCGGGAAGAGCUUCAGUCGGCGUUCACACCUUAUCACUCAUCAGAGAAUCCACACGGGAGAGCGGCCCUUCUACUGCCCUGAGUGUGGGAAGGGGUUCAAUCGGAAGGCUCAUGUCAUUACACACCAGAAAACCCACACUGGAGAGAGACCCUUUAGAUGUCCUGAGUGCGGGAAAAGCUUCAUUCGGAGCUCAGACCUCACUAUACAUAAAAGAAUCCACACAGGAGAGACACCCUAUAAAUGUUCCGUCUGUGGGAAAAGUUUCAAGCAGAGCUCAGAACUUAUUUCACAUCAGAGAAUCCACACAGGAGAGAGACCUUAUAACUGCCCCGACUGCAAGAAAAGCUUCAGUAAUAGCUCUGACCUUAUUGUGCAUCGGAGAAUCCACACAGGAGAGAAACCCUAUAAAUGCUCCGAUUGCGGGAAAAGCUUUGGUCACAGCUCGGCCUUUAUUAGACACAGGAGAAUCCACACUGGCCUGAGGCCCUAUAACUGCCCCGAGUGCAGGAAAAGUUUUGCUCAGAAAUGGCACCUUAUUAGACACCAGAGAAUGCACAAUGGAGAGACACCCUAUAAAUGUUCUGUCUGUGGGAAAAGCUACAAGGCAAAGGUCUCCCUCAUGUCCCACCAGAAACUGCACACAGGAUAGAAGGCAGUGGGAGCUCUCCCUGUGGGGCAAUGGGUCUGUGCUCCCCUGAAGCAAAAUGUAAACCUGCUGCAAUUGAGGAUGGGCUGAGUGCGGGCAGCAGGCAGGUGGAUGGUUUGGAUUUCAGUGAGGGCGGCUGGUGGGGCCAGAGGAGGGGGAAAUGCUGGGCAUUGGGGAGAUGAGUCAUUUCAGGGUCUGGGGGAGCAGGCGAUGGAAUUAGUGGGGAGACAUUUGUGCAAGUUCCAAUUUAGCAGGGAGGUAAAAAUUUCCCGUUGCCAUCCAGUCAUCCUUGCAGCUCCUAAGGCCUUGAGAAUAGAUGCGCUGGGAUGUUCUGUAGGGCAGCACCAAGUAGCCGUAUGGGGCUAUAGUUAUAAGGCAGCCAAGAGCUACUGCUCUGAAGUAACAGGAUUUCAGAGCAAGUCUCGGUGUAUUGAACAUCCCUGUAGACGCUUGGGGGGAAGGAGGGGAGAGAGAUGAACUGGACAUUGGGGAAUCCAGGGGGGAGAUUCUCCAGAGAGGUUUGAUUGCCCUGUAAGAGCCGGGGACUUGGGACAUAGCACUCCUGGGUUUGGCUCCUGGCUCUGAGAAGAGAGUGUGGUCAGGUGCCUAGAGAAGGGUGAAGGAAGUGGGAGUUAGGACUUCUCGGUUCAGUAGCCAACUCUCUUUGUGUGACCCCGUAUCAGUCACUCCCCCCCUCUGUGGUGCCGUUCCUCCCGUCUCUGCCCUGGGGAUAGUAAUAGUCGCCCACCUCCCUGGAGAGUUGUGGGGUGUCACUAAUCACUGUGUGCUCGAGUCUAAGGCCACAAGGGACCACUGUGUUCCCCUAGCCUGACCUCCUGCAUAGUGCAGGCCAUAGGCCUUCUGUGAAUUAAUUCCUGUUUGAACCAGAGCAGAACUUUUUUUUAAAAACAUCCAGUCUUGAUUUAACAAUUGCCACUGAUGGAGAAUCCACCACAACCCUUGGUAAGUUGUCCCACCGUUGAAAAGUUUGUGCCAUAUUUCUAGGCUGAAUUUGUCCAGCUUCAAAUUCCAGCCAUUGGCUCUUGUUCGAUCUUUGUCUGCUAGACUGAAGAGCCAAUUGUCAAAUAUUUGUUUCCAAGAUACUUACUUAGAGACUGUGAUCAAGUCACCUCCUAAUCUUCUCUUUGCUAAAGUAAAUAGAUCAAGGUCCUGGAGUCUUUCACUAUAAGGCAUGUUUCCCAAGGCUUUAAUCAUUCUUGUGGAUCCUCUCUGAACCCUCUCCAGUUUAUCAACAACCUUCUGGAAUUGUGGACACCAGAACUCGACACAGUAUUCAAGUAGCUGUCACACCAUUGCCAAAUAUGGAGGGUAAUAAAACCUCUCUACUCCUACUCAAUAUUCCCCUGUUUAGACAUCCAAGGAGCACAUUCGCCCUUUGGGCUAUUGGCAGCUCACGUUCAGCUGAUUAUCUAUCAUGACCCCCAAGUCUUUUUCGGAAUCACUGCUUCCCAGGAUACCGUCCCUCAUCCCUGUAACUAAGGCCUGCAUUUUUUGUUCCUAAUUAUGUUAGUUUAUAUUUGGCCAUACUGAAAUGCAUAUGGUUUGCUGGCACCCAACUUUAUAACAGUCCCCAAUCUGUGUGUCACCUGCAAACUUUAUCAGGGAUGAUUUUAUGUUUUCCUCUAGGUUACUGAUGAAAAUGUUAAAAAGGAUACCACAAAAAAAUGAUCCCUGCAGGACCCCCUGAGAAACACCCACUCAAUGAUUCCCAGUUUAUAAUUAUAUUUUGCGACCUGUCAGUUAAUCAGUUUUAAAUCCAUUCAUGUGUGCCAUGUUGAUUUAAACCCAUUUAAUGUGAGCCAUGUAUCAUUCUAGUUUUUUAAUCAAAGUAUCAUUCAGUACCAAGUCAAAUGUCUUACAGAAGUCUAAGUAUAUUCAAUCAGUACUAUUACCUUUAUCAACCAGACUUGUAAUUUCAUUAAAAAUAAAUCAAGCUAGUUUGA